AUCUGAAUUGUAAAAAUUAAUUUUUGGUUCAAAGAAAAAUGAAUUAAACUUAGCCAAGUCGUAAAAUAAAUAAAUGAAUGAAAAUUUGAGACUAGCGGUAAUAAACUUAAUGAUAUUUGAGUAUGCAUGAUAACAAUGAGACAGUCCGCAAAACUGACUGAAACCGUCUCAAUGUUGUUUGCUAAACAAGUUGAGACUUGUUACGCUCAAACAACGGCAAAGGAGAAGAACUUUCCGAUCAUUCUCAACUGGUACAGUUGAAAGUUGUAAUUCAAAAUACGUCUGUAUUAAAAAAAAUUAUUAUCGUUUUAAAAACAAUUCCCACCACAUGGAGUCGGACAGUACAUCCUCUGGUUCCAAUGAUUGUGAUCCAGAUUACGAAGGAGAAAACUAUUCAGAUUAUAUGGAGUCAGACGAAGAUGUCGAGCAAGAUGUGAUGACGGUGAAGAGCCGAAAAAGGAAGAUGUGUGCCAUUGAUUCUGAUGAAUCGGACAUUGAGGAAGGAAAUAAAGUUGAUAAUUUAGACCGGUCUAAUGAUGACCCUCAACCUGGGUCCUCUACUAAUAUUGCCGCAGAUUGGAAUCAACCAGAGAAUUUCCAUCUACGGCGUUACAAGAAGUUGUCCGACAACCUCCUAGAACAAGAACGUCGGGAACAACUAAUUGAUUGGUUAAAGGAAGUUGAGAACGACCCAUCAGCUGGUCGAAAAGAUCUAGAUCCACGGCGGAAGGACCUCGAGACUGCAGCCAACUGGGGUCAAAAAGAUCAGGAGCAUCUGGAAAUUCGGUUCGAUAAACGCAUCCCUGGUUCACCAGUUAAAGGAUAUUACAUCAUUAACAGCAAUGGUUUACGGAAUAGGCUGUCGUCAUAAAGGGUGUUAAUAAAGUCCGAUCCCAUGCAUUUUUUGGAGCGUGGUUGUUACAAAUUCAGCUGGAACUUUUGAACCAGUGAAGUUAUUUAUUUCAAAUUUUUACCAUGGG